AUGUACCUGCUGCUUGUGCUGCUGCUGGGAUCCGCAGCUCAGACCCAGGCCUUUCAUCGGAUCAUUGGAGGGGAAGAAUGCGUUCCCCACUCACAGCCAUGGCAAGUUGCGCUGUAUUAUUUUAGCGACUUUAUCUGCGGAGGAGUCUUAAUAAAUAAAUGGUGGGUGCUGACAGCUGCUCACUGCAAUCAGUCGAACCUUCAAGUUCUACUAGGAGCUCAUAACAGAACCAAACCUACAGGACACAAGCAAUACACUUACGCUGCAAAGAUAUGUCCUCAUGAGGAAUUUGAUUGGAGUACAUAUAAUAAUGACAUCAUGCUGCUCAAACUGGCAUCACAAGCCGACAUUAAUACCCGGGUGGCACCUAUCCCAUUAGCCAGUUACCUGGUGGCAGACAAUACCGAGUGCCUUGCUUCAGGAUGGGGGAGCACCACAAGCCCUCAAGAGACCUACCCAGACAACCUAAAGUGUGUAAAUAUUACUACCGUGAGUAACAGUGUCUGCCAGGCCUGCUACCCGAGUGAUAUUAUAACCGACAACAUGCUGUGCGCUGGCAAUAUGGCCGGAGGGGAAGACACUUGUGUGGGAGACUCGGGGGGGCCGCUGGUCUGCAAUGGAGAGCUCCAUGGAAUCACUUCUUGGGGGGAUUAUGUUUGUGGUUGCCCAAAUAAACCCGGGAUAUUUGCCAAAGUGUUCAAUUACCUCAACUGGAUCAGUGACAUCAUACAGAAUGAAUCCCCCUGCCGUGUAGUUGGAUAAUUCCUCUGCAUUAACCCCCUCCUUUACUAAUACAGAUAUCUCAAACAACAA